UUACAAGCAUGGCCCACCAUUUUCAACGGCCAAGAUUCAGUUUUUAUAAAAGGGUAAAAUAUUUCGCAGAAAAAAAUUAAUUAAUCUAAAUUUACAACCUCAUUCGUUUCUAGGAACUAUGGCAGCUGCUACGGUUCCUUUCUCUCUUAUUAGGAACUACUCACAAUUGGUGUCGACAAGAGCUUUUGUUGUUAAAGCUAACAACUUCAAUUUCUCAAACUCUGUUCUUCCUAUUCAAUGUCGCAGGUUGCCAUUUAGCGCCAGCGCUACAAACAAUGAACAAGCUGCAGCCAAAGCAGCUGCUGUUAAUGCUGAUAGUGGAGCACCAACAAUAUUUGACAAGAUCAUAAAUAAGGAAAUCCCUUCAAGCAUUGUAUAUGAAGAUGAAAAGGUCCUAGCCUUUCGGGACAUCAGUCCACAAGCUCCGGUUCAUGUCCUGGUCAUUCCAAAAUUCAGAGAUGGAUUAACAGAACUUGGGAAGGCUGAUGCUAGACAUGGGGAGAUACUGGGCCAGCUUCUCUAUGCCGCCAAAAUAGUAGCCGAGAAAGAAGGUAUCGCUGAUGGAUUUCGUGUUGUCAUCAACAGUGGUGCCAGUGCCUGCCAAAGUGUGUAUCAUCUGCACUUGCAUGUCCUAGGUGGGAGACAGAUGAAUUGGCCACCUGGUUGAAAGUCAAUCCUUGGUGAUUCCUGCAGAUCUUAGAAAUAGUUGAAUGGCAAAUGUGAAAUGUUUUUUGUUAUUGAAAAACCUAAACUUAUUUUGUAAAGUAAGUACCGCGUUUUAUGGGUUUAUGAUACUUAAAUUAUAAAUAAGCAAUCUCAUUGAUAUUCUUAUGUUUGAAA